AUGAAACUCGUUCUUCUCCUUUUGGUAUUUAUUACAUUAGUUGCGGCAAAGAAAUCCGGGGAUGUGACGGAGCUGCAGAUCGGUGUGAAGUAUAAGCCUGCAACUUGUGAGGUUCAGGCUCAUAAGGGCGACAAAGUGAAAGUACACUAUAGGGGAAAGCUUACAGAUGGAACUGUUUUUGAUUCCAGCUUUGAAAGGGGUGAUCCUAUUGAAUUUGAGCUUGGUGGUGGUCAAGUGAUUAAAGGAUGGGACCAAGGGCUGCUAGGAAUGUGCUUAGGAGAGAAGAGGAAGUUGAAAAUUCCUUCAAAACUUGGUUAUGGGGAUCAGGGGUCGCCUCCUACCAUCCCAGGGGGUGCUACACUUAUCUUUGACACUGAGCUGGUAGGAGUCAAUGGAAAAACAUCCAAUGGGAAAUCAAAUGACAGUGAACUGUAA